CGUCGGGUUGGAUAGGAGCGCAAAAGGUUGAAAACCGGUUCAUCAGGCACCAACAACCCAGAUUCUCAGAGUCCGGCCCACAUUCUGCUCGGGUCGGAUGAAAUCUAAAUCCAAUGAAUUCGAAAUGAAAAGCGUGAGGGAGUAGAAGAGCCAAAGAGCACCAGCCGAUCAUCACCCGAUCACAAUUGCAGACAACAGACAACCGGUACUGUAAUAAGGAAAUAUGGCAACUAUUAGAAAUCUGAAAAUCAAAACAGCGUCAUGCAAACGUAUUGUGAAGGAGCUACACUCUUACGAGAAAGAGGUUGAGAGGGAAGCAGCCAAGACGGCUGACAUGAAGGAGAAGGGUGCUGAUCCUUAUGAUCUUAAGCAACAGGAAAAUGUGUUGGCGGAAUCGAGGAUGAUGAUUCCUGAUUGUCGUAAACGCUUGGAGUCCUCACUAGCUGACCUAAAAGGAAUACUGGCUGAGCUGGAAGAAGCAAAGCAAAAGGAAGGACCUGAAGUGACUGAAGCUGAAAGCACUGUUGCUGAUCUUGAGAAGUUAUUUGAGACAUCAGAAUCUUAGUAUGUUGGGCUCAGUUCUUGUUUGCUUAAACAAAUUCUAGAAUGCUCAGGAUCUUUAUUCUGUGUUUGUUUUGUCGGCGGGUAUGUAUGCUCUUAUCUCUGACGUCUUUACUCGUCUAUUGUCGAGAAAUCUAAUGUUUGAAAGUCGGGCAUAUUAAGAAUUCAUUUCAUUUCUUGAACGACUUUGCCGUUACGUGCA